AAACACACAGUAGAAAUUUUUUGGAGAGAGAGAAAGGAACAGAGCUCCGUUUCAAUGGCGGCAUCGAAGAGCUACUAUGCGAGGGCAAACUACCGGUACCUGUCCAGUGAACGGGACGGUCCUGUCGGAACGGACUCCAUGUUUGAGCUGGACGAAUCAGAUGUCUGGAAUGUCUCUUCGUCGCCUGAGUUACGGAAAACCGUGCCGAGUUCGCGGAUCUCGAAGAAAUCAUCAUCGGCGGUGGUAAAGCGAGGUGAGAUUGGAGGAACGGCGUCGUCUCUGCCGGUCAAUGUUCCGGACUGGUCUAAGAUACUGAAGGAAGAUUACAGGGGGAAUCGGAGGAGAGACAACGACGACGUCGAUGAUUUCGACCAAAACGACUACGGUGAAGACGGCAACGGGAACCGGAUUCCGCCGCACGAGUUUCUGGCGAAGCAAUUGGCGAGGACGAGAAUCGCCUCGUUUUCCGUACACGAAGGUAUUGGGCGGACUCUGAAAGGACGAGAUCUGAGUAGGGUUAGAAACGCAAUUUGGGAGAAAACUGGGUUCCAGGAUUAACAUCUGUACUAAUCUUCUUGCAAUUAGAUUAGUAUUUGCGGAUUUUGAACAAUCGAGAGAGAAUUUUCGUUACAAAUUACUAUUAAUUAAACACUUUUUCUUCCUCUUCUUGCUUCCACGAUCUUCACCUCCUCCUAGUGAUUUUUGAUGAUGUAAUUUUCGAAUUUUGAGACGAAAUUGAGGAAAAUUCUAUUUAA